AUGAGUCGGCUCGACCGGAGUGAUACCACGGCCUCACAGAAAACCGGCGUGAAACAACCACAGCAUUGUGUUUCGCCCUGUACUCGAGGAGACUACUUGAAGGUGUACUGGGAGGUCCAAGGUCCGGGGCCCCCUGGGGCUAUUAAUGAGCGGUCAGCCUGGGCUAGGGAGCUCUGUGGUAGCAGAGCUGAUGCCCCACCAGCCCUCUAUUCUCCAGGACCUUCGCUUGUCUUAGAGUUCCACACUGGAGCGAAGCAGAACAACGCUACGGGUUUCGUUGGAACUUACAGCUUUAUUGAUAGACGGUGGGGCGGGAGGGAGUGUCAGACUCUUACUGACUACAAACCCCCCUGUUCCUACUCCUGCUCUAGGCCGAAGUCGCAGUGGUGGUCUAUUGGCUCUUUGAGGCACGCGCGGAACACUACGCGCCGUACGUUCGGGUCUGGUUCUGGUCGGGCGGCGAGUUACUCUUACUCGCCGUCCGCAGACCCGCGCUUACGGUGGCCGGAGAUCAUCUCGCUGCGGGGCAAGCGCAAGGAGGCACCGCAGCCUCGGCGCAGAGCAGGAGACGGAACGGGGGUUUUUUAG